AGUUCAGAUGAAGAAGGAAGUUCAGAGGAAGAAGAAAGUUCAGAUGAAGAAGAAAGUUCAAAGGAAGAAGAGUGUGAUUCAGAAGAAGAGGAGACAGAAGCUGAAGAAAAUGAAAAUGUGGAGAUUAAAGAAGGGCCCGAUGUUGAGGAAUCAGAUGGUGAAUCUUAUGGAGAGGAGGCUGUGGAGGCAGGAGAUAAUGCCACGACGGAACCAGAGGGCGUAAAGUUAGAUGUCGAAGUUGGGAAUUCCCUGAAGCUUGAGAAAGAAGAGCCAGCCUCUGUUUCGCAUCAAAAAAUGAAACCAGCGGAUAAGUUGGAAGUUAUCAUGUCAAUUUUUGACAUGGCCCUGAAAAACAUCGGGGGAAGUUUCGCCAACAGCUACAUAGAGGAGCUGUUGCCCUUGUUGUAUCAGUGCUGGGGUCUCGAUGACAUGACUAAAGUAAUAUACAAGAAGAUUAUGGAAAUUUGCUCAUCACAGAAAAAAAGCUUGUCUGCUUUGCACUUCUUCAUAUGGUAUCUUGUUGCAAAGGAGCAGUCCUGCCCCCAUAGUGAGCUGUGUAACAUUCUAAAAUAUGGCAUAACGCAGCACCCUAAAGCAGCACAUCUGCAAUUGGAACUGAUGAAGUGCAUGAUGCAAGGGUCUGAGGACGAGGAGGAAGUGCUGGAAGAUUUUGAUAAGAUUGCAAGUGAUGUGAGAGGAAAGUGUGGCCUUGAAUUAUGGGAAGAAAUGGCUAGAUAUAUUACAGACAAGGAGAAGAAAUCCACAAUAUUCACCCGUGCUUCAGACCAUAGCAAUACCACUGUUGCACAGGGCAUGAGAGUUAAGCACCUGCAGCACAUUGCAUCAGAAAUAGGACUACCUGAGGCAAGGGAACUCUACCAGAAACUGAACUGGGCUCCUCCUCUCUGCGAUAAGCUUCAUGCCACUAUGGUAGAGCUGGAGUUGUCAGAAGAGACAGUGGAUGUGAAGAAGGUCAGGGGGGUUUUCACUACAGCUAUACAACAGUUUGGGAAAAAACAUCCAGGUUUAUGGUUAGCCUACAUCCAGUUUGAGAAGCUCCACGGAGAUCCAGUACUUGUUGGUGGUCUGGUCACCAAGGCAGAAGACGAAUUGGAAGUCCACGAAGCCCAGAUUUUCAGGGAGUUGCUUAUGGUUGUACGAGAGCUUCAGGGAGAGGAGAAAGGCAAGGGCACGGGAAAUAAUACACUAAUUGAAGAAAGUGAAAUCAAAGAAAAUGGGGAGGAUGAAGAAACAGGGCCAGGACGACAGGCUCUGGUGAAGCUCUUCGACGAGGACCUCGUGUUGACCUACACCACCAAUCAGAAGAAAGAAGGUUUCUUCUCCCUCGUCUGCAGCAUGAGGAGACAAACUGAGCAAGUCAAUGAGCAGCAAGCACCGGAAGAUGGAAGCGAGUGGGAGCAAGUUCUACAGAUGCUCACUGGCCACAAAGUGGUGCUCUCCGUUCGACAGGCGAAGACUGUGCGCUCAAAAGAGGGGAAGAAGAAGAAGGACUAUCAUGACAAAACUUUAAAGUAUCGGAAAAAGUGUUUUAUGAGUGAUGAGCUGCAGGUGGGAGAAUUACAGGGGAAGGGUGAAGAUCAACUGCAGAAGGUGCUGGAGAACUCGCAGACUCUGCAGCCAGAGUUCAUGAAGCAGAAAAUGGUGGCUCCUUACCACCUUUCCAAAUAUGCAAAGAAGAAGCAGAGGAAGGCUGAGCGAGAGAAGACCAAGGGAGCUGGGUGGUUUGACAUGAAGGCUCCUGAGAUGACAGAAGAAAUACAGCGGGAUCUGGAGAUCCUUAAGAUGCGUUCUGUCCUGGAUCCAAAGAGGCAUUACAAAAAUAAUGAUAUGAAGGUUUUGCCCAAGCAUUUCCACAUUGGUACCGUUGUGGAUUCUCCUGUAGAUUUCUAUGCUUCUCGCAUUCCAAAGAAAAGCCGCAAGAGGACACUGGCAGAAGAAAUCUUGAGCAAUGAAGAAAGUCUAAGGUUCCAGAAACGGAAGUAUGAAGAAAUAAUGGUAGGCAAGCAGAAGCAACGAAAGCGCCCCUACACUGAGAAUACCAGAGACAUGUUUAGAGGCAUAAAGAGAGAUAAGAAAAGUGUUAGAGGAAAAAGGAAAUGAUAUGCAAGGGCUGCAUAUUUUAUGAAGAGUAUAGGGAAAAAAGGAAAACAAAAUAGAAGUAUAUCUUUGUUACACAUGUGAAACUGUAAGGAAGCUUAUGCUUUCAAUAAAUUGUUUGAUUAGAGUAAAAAAA